AUGCUUGGGACUAAACCAAACACCACCUGCACGCAUAACCAGCAGAACGACGAGGGCGACCAGGCAGCACCAUCAUCAGCCGCACGGGAGGGCUCAACUAACCUCCCAUCUACGCUCCUGCUCCACAAUAAUACUCAAGGGCAGCAGUCCGAGGCUACCAAUGACAAGCCUGAGAUUGCGGUUGAAAAGAGCGGAUGCGGGGCCAGCUUGCGUGAUGCCAAGAAGGUGGAUGUUGAGAAAAUGUACACCGAAUAUAUGGACACUGUGAGGGUUAACCGGAGAUCGGGUUAG